AUGGAAAGUGACAAUACGAAAGUACACAGUGACAGAGAAUCCCAGCUUUAUUUCUCAAGUGAAAGUGAAAGUAGUCACCCAUGGUUACAACAACACGUGCUUCUAGCUAGUUGGAUCGUUGACCCCAGGCCAUCAAUGGAUUGGGAUAAUACUUACCAGAAGACACCAAGUGAGGAAUUGGACUAUCAGUACUCACCAUCUAGAUGGUCGAAGCGGAUGGGAGCUGAUGUCAUCAUUGCUGAUCAUGCCCAAGUCAUCGGAAUAGAAAGUGAACAUGCAAAACGAGAUGUGGAUUGUGAAUUAGACAUUCCCUAUGGCACAAAACCCAAACAAAAGUUAGAUAUAUUUGGGGCAAAAUCUCUACCACCAGAUGCUCCAGUUUUUAUUUAUAUUCAUGGAGGAUACUGGCAAUUUCUAGAGAGAGAGAAGUCUAGUUUCAUGGCCACUACUGUGGUAAAGGCUGGUGCUAUUGUUAUACCUGUGGGGUACGAGUAUGCCCCUGAUGCAAAUAUGGAUGAAAUUGUGACUCAGGUUAAGAAUGCUGUGACCUAUGUUAUCAAGUGGGCAGUUCAGCGUGGUUCAAGAGGUGUGUAUAUUAGUGGUCACUCCGCAGGAGCCCAUCUAGCGGCCAUGAUGCUCAGUGUCGAUUGGAUGACGGAGUGUAAUCUGAUCAGUGAUAUCGUUAAAGGAGCCAUCCUUGUAUCAGGUGUGUUUGAUCUUCGUCCAAUUGUCUACACUUAUGUCAACGAUCCCUUGAAAAUGACAAGUGAGUCUGCCUGGAACAAUAGUCCUUGUAAACAUGUGGAAGCCAUAGCACAUCUUAGUCGCCAUAGAAACAUACUCAUUGCAGUUGGAGAAUAUGACUCCCCAUCAUUUAUCAAACAGAGUGAACAAUUUGAAAAGGCAUUAGAUACUCGUGGAUUGUCAACACGAUUUUUGAAGAUUGAAGGUUUGGACCAUUUUAACAUGAUAGAAAAUCUCCGAUUUGAGGAUUCGCCACUGCUUAAGGAGGUACUGAUGCUGUUGGAACUAAUUUGA